ACUGCUGGCUAAUAAAAUGAACCAAAACAAAGGUGACUACUUUGUUGUCGUCCAAACAAAGGAAGCCGGAAAACCUGUCUUAACCGUGGUUCCACAUCAGUGGGUGAGCGAUGGGUUCCUUAUGUGGCCGGGCAAACAUGCAAAUGUUCUCCGGAAGAAAGCCACUAGUCAACCACACAGUUCAUGGAGCAAGAUUCCAUGCACUGUGAAAAGGCGUUAUAUACCGACGUUUGCUGAAGCGGAACUAGAAGCAGCCGAUCUUUCAGGCCAAUCAACAGAAGCCUCAGAUGCAGCACCCAGAACUAAAAAGAAGAAAACUACUCAGUUGAAGCUGUCGAAAAAUCGCUUUGAUUUCAAUUAUUUGGUUGAAGGAAAUGGUGGGUCUCGUAAUGCGAUCAAUCGUUCUCCUCGACAACCUGUAGCAGACGUACUGACGAAUCAAAGUACAAUGGACGAUAUUGCUCCGAUUACUGAUGGCGUAGAUUCAUCAUCAAGAGACUACGUAAUUAUUCAGGACCCUGCUAUUGAUGGAAACAAGAUUGUUGAAGACAUUUCGAAGAUAAUCGAUAGUGCAUGUGAAAAGGUGAUCGAGACAGUAACCUCAAAGGUCGGUUCAAUGUUGGCAGGAUUGAAAGGUGACAUGGACGUGAAGUUAGCUGCAGCGCUGCGGAUGCAAACUAUAAACCAGCACGUAGAAGACGACUUUACAUUUUCUCCUGUAUCCUCCAUCCUGGGAAUUCAAGCACUUGAACAAGAGCUUGAAGAUGAAAACUUUGCGAGAAGAUUGGCUCUUCAUAUGAAGAAGAUCGUGGGCUACACUCCUGAUAAUUGCAAUGGACUGAAUGUGUGCUAUUCAUUGAUUGAUAAUUUUUUUGAUCGUGGCCUUAUGCUUCAUUGCUCGUGGAGUGGAGGAAGUCGAGGUCCAGCACCCAAAUUUGCCAUGAAAUCCUGUUCCAACAUUCUGAACACAUUCUUCGAGAUAGUGUAUAGUGUUAAUAUUACAUUUUCUAGAAGCUUGAUGGAGCAUUUCUUCAAGCAAAUUACUCGCAAUUCAAAAAGUCGUUGCAAGGCAAAAGGUUUGCGACAACCAACAGUCCAUCGUAGAGGAAAGAAAGUGGCUUGUAAAGUUCAAGCUGAUGAAAACAACGGUCACCAGAACAGAGAAGAACGAUCGGAUUCCUUCAGCAGCUCCGAAACGGAACGUGAGGGAAGUGAAGAUCUAGGUGAAGGCUACUCAGGGGAACAGCAGGAAAGUGAGAAAUUUCUUGGCUUUCCAUAG